AUGGGUCAGUUCGUUGCUUCAAAUAUUGUGACCAUUAGCAAGCGUGUUGGAGAAUCUGUAUCACUACCUUGCCAGGUGCCUCUUGGUUACCCACCACCUGUUGUUACGUGGCAGACAUCUAAAGACGCGCAACUAGACUACAUAAAGGAAACUAAUCGCCUUGCAAUUGACAUUGAUGGUACACUGCACAUUGCAGCAAUUCUUCCAAUUGACGAUGGUGUUACCUUUCAGUGCGUGGCCAAUAACGAGAUCAUACGAGAACAAACUACAGGCCCGGGGUAUAAAAUCAUAGUCUCCUAUCCUGAAGUUAACCAGCCAAUCACAUUUAUGUAUCAGACUCCCUAUACAACUCUCGUUGUAGCUGGAGAAACGCUCCGCUUACAAUGCAUUCUUGCUGGCUACCCAUUACCGAGUUAUCGCUGGUUCAAAAAUGGAAAAGAUGCAACUCUGGAACCAAAUACGAAUAUUAUAAAUAUGGGAACGGGUUUGGAGGUUAGUCCCGUAACAAAUGGAUCCGCAGGUCAAUAUCGUUGUCAAGGCGUGAACGAAGCAACAAUGACAACGCAAAAUUAUGAAUAUGAGGUGACGGUAAAAUCGGCUCCAAAACUGGUAGUUCAUCCAGUUGAUACAACGGUUCCCGAGAACGGAAGCGUUGUUUUUACCUGCGAAGCUCAAGCUGAUCCAAGGCCUAAAAUUCGUUGGACAGUUAACGGGCUUGACCCUUCGUUUUACCUCGACGGGGUUCGAAAGCUUAUUAGUGGAAAUUCAAUGAUUCUCAAUAAUUUGACCGUUGACGACAUUGCGGUGAUCCAGUGUAAUGCGUCGAAUUCAUUUGGGUAUGACUUUGUGAACGCCUAUAUCAAUGUAUUGCGGGAGCCGCCUUACAUUUACGAGGGUCCACCGAAAAACCUCAGACAAGCUGAGGGUCCACCAGUGCUCCUUCCUUGCCGUUCUUAUUCAGCACCCAAAGCCCUGGUGUCCUGGAGGAAGGACGGACGACCGAUCAAUGGGGGUCGAUACCAGGUGCAGGAGAACGGCGAUCUGAUAAUUGAGUCCGGCAGAGUGGCAGACACGGGUCUCUAUGAGUGUACUGCGACAAAUCCGUUCGGUGUGACAAAAGCUUCGGGAUCACUGGCCGUCCGUCGACGGACUCGCGUCACCCUAGCCCCCAUUGAGACCUGGGUGUAUGAAGGCCAGUUGGUCAAAUUCGUCUGUACUGCGGACACAGAUCCAUAUGAGUUACCGAAUUUAAAGGUGGAAUGGUACAAAGAUGACAAUCUUAUUGACCCUCUUGUUACACCUCGGAUCGAACAAGUUGGAUUCGAUUAUUCCCUCGUUAUUGGAGGUGCCCAAACCCUGGACACCGGGCAGUAUCGAUGUAAUGCUUCGAAUGGACUUGAUUUUGCUGUAGCUACUGCAUCCCUCCUUGUCCAAGGCAAGCUUAGGCCUAAUCAGCCACGUAACCUAAUUGAAGACUGCGUUACCUCAUCUCGUCGAGCGACUUUGCAGUGGGCCCCCGGCUCUGACAACUACGCCCCUAUCAUUGAAUAUAUUGUCGAAUUUUCCUCUCAAUUUGAACGUGGCACUUGGUACCGAGCUGAGAUUUUCAACCUAACAGGUCUUCUUCAAGCCACCGACGCAAAGAUUGUACUUCGGCCAAAUAUUGAUUACAGGUUCCGUGUUAGGACCCGCAAUCGAGUGGGAGUCUCAGAGCCUAGUGUGGCAACGACAGGGACUUGCUCGAUCCCAGCCACAGCACCGGAGUCAAAUCCAAAGGAACUCUACGUUUACGGCACAAGUCCAAAUAACUUAGUUAUUCAGUGGUCUACCAUGCCAUACAUCGAACACUACGGAAACAAUCUUGUCUACCUGCUUACAGUACGAUGCCUUGACUGCAACAAUAUACGUCCGGGAGACAUUAACACAACGAUAAUUGGUAACUGGAGAACGGAUCGAAUCACGUAUACCACUUUCCAGAGCGGUUCCCCAUCCGACAGGAUCAUUCAGCCUAUCGAAUCUUACAAGUUGUUUGAGGUAACUAUUCAGAGCCGUAACGACAAGGGCACAAGCACAAAGGCACCAACGGUAGCAAGAGGCUAUUCAGGGGAGAAUAUGCCAAGUAUUGCAGCCCCUGAACUGACUGUACUGGAACCCACAUCUGACGGUGCGCUCUUGCAGUGGACCGUCAUAUCUGAAAAUCAGGCACCACUAGUCAAUGGGUUUUUCCGCGGGUAUAGAAUUGAGUGGUGCACCGCAAACCUUUCCCAGAUUGAAUGCGAGGACCAAAAAAGAUUUCAAGACGUGCUCUUCCAAAUUCUUCCGAACCCAACCGCCUACUUGCGAAGACCUCGAUCAGCAGAAAGUGGAAAAGAAAGCAUUUCUGCCCUUGAACAAGCCUUUUAUUCCCAACCCUUCGAAUCGGCCCUUUCACAUGCCGAAGACUGUCUGUCCGAGCCGGAGGAGCCCUUUUGUCGCAGUCGGGCCUACCAAUCACCAUCGUGUGUUGGUGAAGCUCUUCAACAUGUACUUGCUCGGUCUAAGCGACAGCUUGUUACCAUGGCGACUCUUGCAGAUUCAAGCGGAUACAUUACUCCAAUUACCCUGAAAAACUUCACCUGGGGCGCGACGGUCAACCACACACUGACGGGUGUGCCUGGGGCAACUGAAAUCAAAGUCUGGCUCAGGUUACUUAACAGCCUCCAUGCUGGUCCCAUCGGUCCUAUCGGGAAAAUUACUACCCUGGAGGGUACACCUGGCCCAGUUUCAGAACUUCGGGCUGUUGUAAUUGGAACAAAUAGGGUAAAUGUCACGUGGGUUCCGCCAUUGGAGCCUAACGGCGUAAUCAUAGGCUACGAUUUCGAGGCCCGUGAAAUUAGGGGAUUGGAUCUUGGACUAUCUGCACGUUAUCCCACUGUGUUUGACGGUUUGCUCACUGGAUACGAGCUGACAGCUCUGCGAGCAAAUACAUCGUAUCGAUUAAUUGUUUUUCCAAGAACAUCAGCUGGGGUGGGAAUAGAUUCUUUCAUCGAUGUUACAACUUUAGAUGAGACCUCAAUCCCCAACCCUCCGACCUUCUUUGUUUCUGAUAUCACCGAUAACACCUUCAAUGUGACUUACGAGCCCAGCCAUACGGGCCCACCGGGAUCUGUGUUCUUCGCGCAAUAUCGAAUGCCCGGUAUUGUUUUGUGGCAAGAAUCUCUUCGAGUGUUUCUUUCCCGAACCAUCUACGUCACUGGCCUGCAACCAUCAACGAAGUAUGAGGUGCGGAUGGUGGCGACAAAUGGUGCAGCAAUCUCCACUGCAUCGCCUUCUAAGGUUAUCUCGACUUCGGGUCCGCCACCGCCAGGAGGCUUGCAAGGGGCCAGUGCGACGUGGUUUGCAGUUGUCAUCUUGCUCUUCAUUCUCAUCAUUUUCAUUUUUGUUCUCUUCAUCUGCAUUCGUGGACAGCGCUUAAAGGAAGUGCAAGAAAAAGCUGCUCCCACGGAACCGCUAUUCGAACCCCUCGAAACAUUCCCGGAGCCGCAGUCAGUGCUGAGCGUGAGACAGGACCAGCCAAGCCCCGGCAUGUUUCCGAGUUCGCUGGGCACGACCCAGCGACCAGCACCAGCAACUCCCCUUCUCGAGGCGGCAAGUCAGCUUGGCAACUAUGCUGACAGCUUUUCGCGAUGGUCACCAGGGGACAAACCAGCCAGUGGCAUCGAAAGGGGUUGGAGGGCACAUCAAGGUGGUUUCCCGUCUGAUGAGGAUGCAGACGCAAUCGAGCUGUCGGACUUAUCGAACUCCCCAGCCCGCGGGGUGCACCACGGACGGAGGGGCCACAGUAGCAACAGCCUAGGCUCCGGUGACGGUUCAGCUUCUCUUGUGCCCUCAGUGGUUAGCAAUCAGAGAAGGCAACGAAGCGGUUUGCAAAGCAGGGCUAGCAGUACUGCGCGUUCAGAUAAUCGACCAACAUUCAUUUAA